AUGGAAGAACCGUGGAGCUGUCUGAGAUGAUCCAAGCAGAAAGAAUACAAACAGAGUUUCUUGUCAGAAAAUAUCAACACAUUUCUGAAACAUGUGGUCAAGACGCCGGGGCGGAGCGUCACAAACCGGAAGGAGUAACACCAUAAGCGGUCCCCCUUCUGAUCAUUAUGUAGGAUAGCUGUUAUGUAGUCGGACCAUUCUAAAACAUAUUUGCAUUAGUAUUUCACUGAGAAUGGCUUCUUUAAAAUCAGCACUUCUUUAUUCCAACAGGGUCUUAACGACCCUGAAGAACCAGACACAUGUUAUUUAUAUUAAGAGGACUCUCCUCCUGCCCAGACUGCCUCUCUUCAAACGUGCAGAAGGCAGGCUGAUCACCUUCGGGCGCCAGUCGUCCUCCACAGUAGCCAAGGCUCAGAGAGGAGAAGACUCCUUACUCAAAUGGCUCCUGCUGCUCAUCCCUGCCACCACCUUCGGCCUUGGUACAUGGCAGAUGAAACGGCGUCAGUGGAAGAUGCAGCUGAUCGCUGAGCUGAACCGACUCACGACUGCUGAGCCCAUCCCUCUGCCUCUGGAUCCUCAUGAGCUGCAGAGCCUGGAGUACAGACGGGUGAAAGUGCGAGGACAAUUCGACCACUCCCAGGAGCUGUACAUCCUCCCCCGCUCCCCUGUGGACCCCGAGAAGGAGGCCCGGGAGGCGGGCACGCUGUCCUCCAGUGGAGAGACCGGCGCUUAUGUGGUCACCCCCUUCUACUGCACCGACCUCGGCAUCACCAUCCUGGUGAACAGAGGCUACGUGCCAAAGAGGAAGAUCAGACCAGAGAGCAGGAUGAAGGGCCAGGUGAGGGCUUCACAUGAUUUUACAUGA